UCUCACACUCUCACUCCACAUCUGAGUGAGCUCCCAACAAAAUGGCAGAUCCGUUGACGCUUGGUCUAGGUGCUGUAGCAUGGGCCAUCACGAUCCUAGGUUGGUUCUCCUCGCCAUACAUCACCAACAGGGUCAACAAAUACUUCGAUGCCCCUAAGGAAAAUAAUCUCCAGAAUCUGGAGAAUAGAGUCCUAAAGCUGAAUCAGAUGCUUCAGAAAGCUCUUCAGUUGAGCUUUCAAGAUGAGAAUAAGUUGGAAGGAUGGCCGCCGGUGAAGGAGUUGGAACGGUGGGUGAAGAAACUCAGGUCUGCUUUCUACGACGCUGAAGACAUCAUGGAUGCAAUUGAUUACCACCGUCUCAAAUCCGAAGCUACGAGAAAGCGGAAAAUGGAGGAUUACAGGUUUCCUCUUGGGUCGAAGGAAGAGCUGAGCAAAAACUUAAAAAAGAUGGAAGAGCUUAUCGAAGAAGGAGAGAAGCUUGUAAAGUUCCCCGAUUUGACCACCAGUGGUGGCAAUAUCAAGAGUUCACCAGAACAGACUACGGGAUCGGGAUCCAGAUCCCCCUCCAAGACUACUUCAGAACCCCCAAAAGUUUUUGGACGUGAUGGGGAUACUGAAAAUAUAAUUAGCAUGCUGCAUGAUACAACAGCUGAUCCGCAUUCUGUAAUUGGAAUCCAUGGCAUGUCAGGGUCAGGGAAAACCACCCUUGCGCAGUAUGUUUGUGAGUGUGAGAAGAAAACUGGGGUCCCUUAUUUCGAGCUGAUCAUGUGGAUUCAUGUUACUAAAAACUUCAGUGUGGAUACUAUUUACAAGGAGAUGUUAGAGAUAGUACCUGGUGAAAAAAUGGAAGGGGACACCAAUAAUCUAGAUAAGCUGCAAAGUGAACUCAAGAAAAGACUGCAAGGCAAAAGGGUGUUAUUGGUACUGGAUGAUGUAUGGUACUCAGAAAAUGACCGUGCACAGGACGAUCUGGUGAAACUACUUUCUCCAUUGAAGGAGUCUGACAAGGCAAGCAGAGUCCUAUUUACCUCUCGGACUGCAGACACAGCAAAGCUUCUUGGUGCUCCGAACCCUAUGGAAAUUUCUGAUAUGUAUGAAGAAGAGUCCUUCAAAAUGUUCAUGUAUUAUGCAUUUGAUAAUUCAGGGGUUAGUGACCAAGAUAGAGGCGAAUUUGACAUACUUGGUAGAAAGAUUUCAAAUCUACUACGAAAAUCACCUAUGGCCAUGAAAACAGUGGGAAGACAACUGAAGCGAAGAACCUCUGAGAAAAAGCAUAGUGAGUACUGGAAAAACAUCCUCAUCCAGAAGCAUGAUCUGCUGAAGCAUACUAUGGGAGCUCUAUGGUGGAGCUACAAUGAGCUUGAGGAGCAUGUCCGGCAAUGUUUUGCAUACUGUAGUAUGUUUCCUACAAGAUAUGAGUUGAAGCAAGAAGAGCUAGUUAAAAUGUGGAUGGCACAAGGGUUGGUGGAUACCAGUAAAAACGAAGACAUUGAACUUGCUGCUCGUGAGUGCUUUGACGUAUUGCUGUCAACCUCAUUCAUCCAACUUCAUAAGACUCCUGCUGGCAAAGAGUACUAUACAAUUCAUGAUCUCAUGCACGACUUAGCAGAAAGAGUUGCUGGAAGUGACUUCUUCAGAAUUGAGAAAGGUACGAUGGACCGCAAGAUUCCUAAAGAUGUUCGGCAUCUUUUUAUUGAUUCCGAUAAUUUUGGAGAACUCAUCAUGAAGAAUAUUGUGGACCUGAAGACCUUGCGGACUCUAGUAAUGUCAAUUUCUGCCAAAGAAAUAAAAGCAAGAGAUUUUGAAAGCAUUCUCAAAAAUCUGAAGAAGCUGCGGUUCGUGCAUGUGUGUCUGGAGAAGUUGCAACAGAAUGUGAUUCCAGAUUGUAUUGGUGAAUUACAACAUCUUCGCUACCUUGGUCUUUAUGGGGUCUUCCCACAUCCAGAAAAAUCUACUACUAUAAUGCUGCCAUCCACAUUUGUCCAGCUAUACCAUCUGCAGGAGUUACUUGUUCCUUUUGCCACCUGUUUGCACUGUCCUCACAGUAAAAUGGCCCACCUUGUGAAUCUGCGGAGCAUUGCCGGUCUCGAGCUUAGCAUUCCUCACAUAGGGCAGAUGAAAUGGCUCCGAACUCUGGGUGGUUUUACAGUGAAGAAGGAAGAGGGUUACGAGAUAACGCAACUGGAGAACCUGGACAACAUUCGUGGCAGAUUGCGCAUUUACGGACUUGAAAACAUUAAAAGCAAGGACGAUGCUCUUCGUGCCAAACUAAGCAGAAAGCUACACAUCACAGACCUCUCAUUUAUCUGGGAAAAAACCCCUAAGGCUGCUGCUCCUCCAAACCCAGAAGAGAUCCUUGAGGCCCUCCACCCUCCAGCCCUAUUAUCUAAACUCUCCUUUUGGUACUACGACGGAUCAACUUUCCCAAGUUGGUUGUCAGGAGAAGAUGGUAAGCUAAAGCGACUGGAAGAUCUCAGUUUCCAAGGUUGCCGUGGGUCAAGUUCUGAGCUCAAGUUUAGCAAACCCCUCCCUAUGCUGCACAGACUUGAGAUCAAUAAUUGCAGUUGGAACGCUUUGCCGGAUGACAUCAAGCAGCAGCUGGCAUCGCUCGAGGAAUUGAAAAUCCAUAAUUGCAAGAAUAUCCGGUCACUACCAGAAUUGCCAUCAUCCCUCAAGAUACUUCAAACAAGGGGAUGCAAAAAUAUCAAGGCACUGCCGGAAUUGCCUCAAUCCCUCGAGGAAUUGAUUAUCUAUGAUUGCGAAGAUAUCAAGUCACCACCAAGAUUGCCAUCAUCCCUCAAGAAACUGUGCAUACAGGGUUGCCUAGAUAUCUCAACACUAUUGGAAUUGUCUCCAUCAUCCCUCGAGGAACUGAUUAUCUAUAACGAAAAUAUCCAGCCAUCACCAAGAUUACCAUCAUCCCUCAAGAAACUUCAAAUAAUGGGUUGCUCAAAUAUCAGGAUACAACUGGAUUUGCCUCUAUCCCUCGUGGAAUUUAAAAUAAAGGAAUGCCAAAAUAUCAACUCAUCACCAAGAUUACUACCAUCCCUCAAGAAACUUAAAAUAAAGAGUUGCCCAAAGAUCAUGACACUACUGAAAUUGCCUUCAUCCCUAGAGGAACUUCAAAUAAAGGAUUGCUCAAAGAUCCAGUUACCACCAGGAUUACCACCAUCCCUCAAGAAACUUUGGGUAAAGGAUUGCCCAAAUAUCCAGUCACUACCAAAAUUGCCUCACCUCGAGGAAUCCCUGCUGGAGUAAUAUCUCCUGGACAGCUACCCGGAUGAGGAAUUUGCAUAUCAAAUAAUGAUUGGAAGAUGAUGUGUGGAGGCCUGGCCGUGGAGCUUCUCUGGAGUGUGCAACAGUGGUAUGAAGACGUUUGGUUUCAUGUUCCUUUGUGUGCAACAGACUUCGCAACAGUGAUUUGAAGACAGUUUUUUUUUUCAUUCCUCGGCAUAUUCUGUUUUCUCAACGGACCAUUUGUUUGCUUUCGUAUGUGUGUUUGUGUGUAAUAAUUUAUGGCCUGCAGUAGCCAAUACCCAUACAAUUCAGACCAAGACCCAUUGUAUUUGUCUAAGUGUGAUACCAUGUUUGAUGAAAAAAUUGGU